GCAGUUACGAUGCGCCCCGGACGCCGUGUGGUUGCAGCGCGCCGGCGCUGACAUCGCUCACCAUGGACAGCUUCGACUUAGCUCUCCUUCAGGAGUGGGACCUGGACUCUCUAUGUGUCUAUGAGCCAGAUAGAAAUGUACUGCGAAGGAAAGAAUGGGAAAGGAGAAAUCAGGAGGCCCAGCAGGAGGAUGGCACAUUUAACACGAGCUAUUCCCUCUUCAGUGAACCAUACAAGACUAACAAGGGGGAUGAGCUUUCCAAUCGCAUCCAGAAUACGUUGGGCAACUAUGAUGAAAUGAAAGACUUGUUAACUGACCGAUCAAACCAGAGCCAUCUCGUUGGGGUUCCAAAACCUGGGGUUCCUCAGACGUCUCUCCCCAGGCCUGAUGACCAUUUUAUUGCAGACUCAAGACUGCCACCUCCUCCUCCCAUUUUGAGCACUACUUCUUCCAAACCAGCAUCCCUAGCUGCCCAGCAGAGCAAAAGUACCACGAUGGGCUGGCAGAAGACUGGGCGUAAUGCCACUUCAGAUGGCCAGCAGAGAGUGAGCAAACACGGACACCGGUCGCUGGAGUCACACAAGGGUGACUUCAAGUUGGCGAACCAAAAAUCCAAUCUGGAGAAACUAAAACGCUAUGCAUCAAGUCCCACCUCCUCUUCCUCCUGUUCCUCCUCCUCCUCCUCCUCCUCCUCCUGCUCCUCUUCCUCCUCCUGCUCCUCCUCCUCUUCCUCCUCCUCCAGUUCUGCCCAGCAAAGCUCACUGAGGGCGACGUUAGGAGACAACAUCAGUAGAGUGCAGCAGCCAACAAAGCUCAGUUGUAGCUCAGAAGGAGGAACUCAAGCACAAGAGAGGCCAGCAAAGCAUGGUGGUGGGCACUGCGUCCAAAACUUCCCACCUUCUCUUGCUUCAAAGCCCAGUCUGGGUCAGCAGAAACCAACAGCUUAUGUAAGGCCAAUGGAUGGUCAAGACCAGGCUCCUGAUGAGUCUCCAAAGCUGAAGUUACCAGCAGAGAUGACCAAAUCAUAUAGGGGAGUGCCUUCCAACAAGCCUGAUUCGGCCAGGCCCAAGUCAAAGAUAGCCAAGUUCAGCAUUCCUAAGCAAGAAGAAGACAGUGGAACAGGAGAUAACAGCUGCAUUGAAGAAAUAUUACGGGAGAUGACCCAUUCAUGGCCUCCACCACUGUCAGCUAUUCACACACCAGGAAAGGCAGAGCAAAGCAAGUUUCCAUUCUCAAAUAAGGAGUCACAACAGGGAUCUACAGGACACAGCAAUACAAGGAAAAGUGAUCUAGAGCCAAAGAGCCCAGAGAAAAGCGCAACCCAUACAUCAAUGCUAGAAGAUGACCUCAAGUUAAGCAGUGACGAAGAAGAGAAUGACCAGCAGGCAGCACAGAGAUCUGCUCUCCGCGUUCUAUCUGACAGCCUGGUGGUGCCACAGCCCAAUGCCCGAGCCUCGGGACUCUCCAGCAAGGGGUCAAGCAGCAGCAGCUCCAGUGAAUCCGAGACCAGCUCAGAGUCUGACUCAGAGAGCGAAAGCAGCUCCAGCGAGAGUGACGGCAGCAAGCCCUCGCAUUACUCCAGCCCAGAGCCCGAGCCGCCGUCGUCCAACAAGUGGCAGCUGGACAAGUGGCUGAAUAAAGUUACCACGCACAAAGCACCCAUCCUAACCCACCACGAUGGCUCGGCGCUGGAAGCCCAUCCCUACUACGGCCGCGUGAAAGUCGAGCGGCAGGAAAGCGAGAAGGCCUCUACGGAGGGCCCGGCCGAGCACCGCAGCGGGGAGAGCCGCACCGCCACCGCCGCCGGGGACGGGCCGCGGCCCAGGACCGCCAGCAAAGCGCCCGGCAGCAAGGGCAGCCGGCAGAAGUCACCCCUCGCUGCCGACGGCGCGCCCCCGAGGCGGGCAGCGGGCAAGAAGGCACCGCGGCGAGCCGAGAGGACCUCCGCCGGAGACGGCCCCCACUGCCCCGGCGCAGAGGAGCCCCCUCGGAGCCACAGCUUCCCUGAAGGCACUGCUGGCGAGGCGCCGAGAGCCCGGCCCGGCGGCACCGGCAGCGGCGGGGGCUGCAGAGCGGGGCAUCGCCGGGAGCCCCGCUCAGCUGCAGCUGGUGAGAAGCGUCGGGCCCGGGGGCCGAGCAAAACGGCUCCCAAAUCCAAGGAGUUCAUCGAGACCGAGUCUUCAUCCUCUUCAUCCUCCUCUGACUCCGGCUCUGAGUCGGAGCGGGAGGAGCGCCUGCUGCCCAAGGCGCCAGCGGCAGCCGGGGCCGAGCCGCGUGCCAAGGACGCGGGGACCGGCACCGCCAGCAAACCCCACGGCGGCUGCAGUGCCUUUGGCUCAAUUAAUGCCAGGACUAGUACUGAAAUAGCAAAGGAGCUGGAGGAACAGUUUUACACCCUGGUUCCUUUCGGUAGGAAUGAGCUCCUGUCUCCUCUGAAAGACAGUGAUGAGGUAAAGUCGCUGUGGGUCAACAUUGACUUGGCUCUUUUGUCCAGGAUUCCAGAGCGUUUGCCCGAAGAACCGCUGGCCAUGAGCGCCGAAGCAAACCAGGCGGCCAGCCUCCCGCAGGGUAGUAGUGCUGAACCCCCCGCAGAGAAGGGUUUACCGAAAUCUAGAAGGAAACGCAAGUGUGAGAAUGAGGAAGAGUGCAGAGACAUCAAGAAGACUCACUUAGAACAAGAGAGUUCUUCACGAUUAGCUGCCUCUGCCCACAGCAUCACAACAGCAAAUCACUGCAAUAUGAAUGAAAAUAGCUUGGCAAUACCAAUAAAUAAAAAUGAGAAAAUGCUUCGGUCACCCAUCUCUCCCCUCUCUGAUGCAUCAAAACACAAAUACUCCAACGAUGAUUUAACUUCCUUCAGCAGACCUAAUGGCAGCAGUCUAUUACCUUCCAUCUCCUCCAGCAAAAAGCAGAAGGGUGAAAUCCAGUCACAGCCACAUCCCGGAGACUUCAAUAAAGCAAUUCACAUCAAUUCAGAAAAUGUUCUUCUCUGCAAUAAGCCACAGUCCCAAACACAGCCUUGGUCACCUCUGUCCAGCACACCCAGGGACUGCAGAAGGACAAAGCUUAUCUUUGAUGAUAUGCCACGCAAUGCAGAUUACUUUAUGCAGGAAGCUAAACGGAAGAAGCAUAAAGCAGAUGCAAUGGUGGAGAAGUUUGGAAAGGCACUGAAUUAUGCAGAGGCAGCGCUAUCGUUUAUUGAGUGCGGAAAUGCAAUGGAACAAGGCCCAAUGGAAUCUAAAUCCCCUUAUACCAUGUAUUCAGAAACAGUUGAACUCAUCAGGUAUGCAGUGAGACUAAAAACCCACUCAGGCCCCAACGCCACGCCAGAAGACAAACAGCUGGCAGCAUUAUGUUACCGCUGCCUGGCUCUUCUGUACUGGAGGAUGUUCCGACUCAAGAGAGACCACGCGGUCAAGUAUUCAAAAGCGCUUAUUGAGUAUUUCAAGAAUUCAUCAAAAGCUGCCCAGAACCCGUCUCCUUGGGGUGCCAGUGGAAAGAGCACAGGAACUCCAUCACCUAUGUCCCCCAGCCCAUCUCCAGUCAGCUCUGUAGGAUCCCAGGGGAGCACAGGGGCCCCUUCCCCAUCUCCUAUCAUCAGCAUUCCUCAGCGCAUUCAUCAGAUGGCCGCCAACCACGUCAGCAUCACCAACAGCAUCCUCCACAGCUAUGACUACUGGGAGAUGGCUGACAACUUGGCCAAGGAAAACAGAGAUUUUUUUAAUGACUUGGAUGCAUUGAUGGGGCCUAUCACCUUGCACAGCAGUAUGGAGCAUUUAGUUCAGUACACUCAGCAAGGACUUCACUGGGUGCGGAAUAGUGCUCACUUGUCAUAAUGACUGCUUGCCAUUCACAUGGACAGUAUACCUUUCAUGGAUAACUCAGUUAUUCUGGACACUGUGCUACAGAAAUAGUCAGCCACAGCAUUGAUACAAACAAAGGUGAAUAUUUCUUCAAUAUUGAGCAAAAUUUUUCUGACUUUAGACUUGUAUGUGUGCAGCGGUACAAUAUACAGUGAUGUCUCUUCAGAAUGAAUUGUUUGUUCUACAUCACUCUCCAAACAUUUUCAUACACUAGAAAUACUAUAAAGAACUGAUCUUGAUGCACAAAACAUAUCCUUUCUAUUCUUGUACUAAAAAACUCAAAAACCAAAAUCUCAUGGGUUGAUUGAGCCGAGUGCAAUAAGCACAGAUCCCUAUUCAGGAAAGCUCAGAACAGAUUCUUAACUUUAAGCUGGUACUGAAAUCCUGAUGACUUCAGCAGAGCUUAAGCACAUACACAAGGGCCUUCCUGACCUGGAAUGAAUGAGGGCAAAUUAAAGGCACGGAGAACUUUUACGGCGAGCAUGGGCAUGUCACAGAAGUUUCAGUAUUAAUGGGCCAUCUCCCUGUUACUUCUCCAGUGGAGCACAGAGAGGAGUUGCGUAGCCCCAUUAAGUCAGUCAAAGAUGGCAUUCCUUCAUGUGCAAUAAGUUUCAACAAAUUGCAUGCGUUUCUUUAUCUCCUGUCUUUUUAAGUAACUUUAUCUCUCAUUCAGUUCCUCACCAACAGUACAACCUACGGUAUCAAGCAAAAGGCCUGAAAACAGAUAUGCUGAUAGCAAGAACUUAAAAGAGACAGUGGAAAAUUGUAUUUUGUUACUGACAGUAAAUAGAUAAUGAAAAAAUAUGGCAAACAGCAAUCCACUUAGGAAAGAAAAUGCGUUAAUUUCAGCUGCACACACACACAGACAGAUAUUUAUAACAGUUGUUGGCUUUGCAUGAGAAGGCUUCAUCCUGCAGAUUUUGACUUGCAUAUCUUUUUCAUCUAGGAGAAGCUUGCAGCAUUUUCUUCCAAGCUGUAUGGGAGCAUUACAUGCAAUUUCCUUUAUCUGGGAAGCUGAGUUUGCUGCUCAUCAGGCUAAGAACUGUUUCCUAUCAUAAUCCUCUCACUCUCCAUGCAUAAUCCUCAACUAGGCUUUAACGCUUCUUGAUUUAUGGGAUGUUUUCAGUUCUUGUUGACAGGCUGUGUUUUUCAUGCCAGAAGAAUUAAUCCCACAGUAAUUGGAGUUUAAUUUGGGUCAGCUGAGGUCAAGGCCAGUUCAUACCAACUGUGCUUGCAUUCAGUGCAUUUUUGUUCAUUUUCAUUGAUUUUCACAUAUUUGGGGGUGUUUUUCUGUAUCGGAAAUAUAAUUUUUUUGCAAUCAGAUUUGCAGCCUUUACUCAAAUCAUCAGCUCCAGUGACUUCCAAUGGACUGUUCUUGUCCGAGUCACUAGCUGGACCCUUUCAUUAUUGUUUUCUGAUCUCAUUUACAGACAUAUUAAGGAAAUUUGAGUACAAAAGACACUUUCAAUAGAAGAUACAAGUAGAAGUAGCUACUGAUAUAAAUGGUUGAUUAAAUGGUCCUUGCUGCCUUUUUUUUCCUCCCCCAUUUUUGAAGAGCUGCAUUUUGAAGAAAGGUACCAAACAAUGCAGCAUGAUUUCUCAGUAAAACAUCUUCAGUAGCACAGGCUGUAUGUAAAGAGUGGGCUGGUGAGCACCCUGAGCCCCAAUAGCUGUGAUUUUGGCGAGGCUGCUUAGCAUAACUCCAGCUAUUGCUCAGGCUCAGAGCCUUCACUGUGUUCUUUGGAGCAGCUCAGCAGGGUAGCUACCAAGGAACUGCUCAGCCCCAAGACAUCCUGAGACGAUAUUUAUGUGCCCAUCAGUGCUCAGAUACUUCCCCCACAAGAGAAGUCCUGAGCUCAGCUGUGGUCACCUCUUAGCAUGGACUUGAGUGUUAGAGGGUGGCUGGCUCUAAGAGUGAACACGUACAUGCCUUUAAAUGACAAAAUACACAACCUCUGAGUCCUCCUGUCACUCUUAACCCUGGCUGCUACCCACCCCAGAAGGAGCACAGUUUGUUUCAUCACAAGUAUCGUGGAGAACUUGAUCGGUGCCUUUCUGUUUAUCACUUGCCUAAUCUCCAGCUGUGGAAGUCUGUCAGGAUAUACUAGACUAGUAGCAACAGAUUCUGUCAGCUGCUUCAAUACCAUAUGAAGGUACUGUGGAAUUUCUCCUCAGAUCAGGAAAGUGAAAUUCCAGUUAGAUUAGCUUUUGUUUUCUUUGACAGUGCCUAUGAUGUUUAUCUUCAGAUAAGUUUGGGGUUUUGGGAGCCCUUUCUGCUAUUUAAUGUUGAGAAAUUUUAGAAGUGACAUAUAUUACUUGCCUUAAAUGGAGUUUAGUUUUCUUGCACAUGUGGCAUUUGAGUUUCAAAGAUGGAACUUUGAAGCAUGUUUAUUUUACUAAGAUCGGGAUAUUUUUAUUAAUCAUGAUGAACUCUUUAUAUGUAUAUAAUAUGUCAAGAAACUUCAAAGAAAUGCAAGAAUUAAUGCUGUUCUGUUGUAACAUUUCCAAGUAUUAAGGAUCUCUUGCAGAUGAUUGUUCUUUCCUGUAUGUUGUUCUCAUAUUGAAUUAUUUUGGCUGAAUACUCAUUGUUUCCAUGGAAAAACACACUGGUUUUUAGUGUUUGUGCGGGCAUCAUCUGUGUUGUCUGAUGAGAAUGCUGAGCCUUGAUUUCUGGUGGUUCAACAGGAUGAAUGGAUUAGAGGGUUUGGCUUUCUCUCCAUAGGGUUUCUUGCAGCUAUACUAUUUUGGUGAGGUUAUUUAGAAUACUCUUCUGUUCAGGCUAUUUGCCUGAGGGUUGUGGCUGAUUAGAUGACUGAAUGUGGCAUGGUGACAACAAAUACUUCAUUUCAUCUUCUUAGGGCCUGGUCUGAAAAAGUGCAUGUGACUUUUAGGUCUGGUCCAGUUAAGCAUAUACUCCACCUUAAGAACCUGAAUAAUAUUAGGCUCUUCACACUGAGACACUCAGUGUGUUCUGGAUAGGACCAGAGGAGACUGUCUUUCUUCGGGGCUCCUUGAAAAACAAUGACUCAUUUUAGUCUGUUGUAAAAGUCCGGGAAUAUGCAGGCUUCUUUGUGCCAUAGCAAUGUCCAGGUUCAUUUUGAGAAAGUAAGAAGUCAUUCCAUACAAUCCAGAAGAAUCACAGAAUCACAGAAUAUGCCGAGUUGGAAGGGACACACAAGGAUCAUCGAGUCCAACUCUUGGCCCCG